GAAAGCCGGCGCGAGUGCAUAGCCAGUAAAGGGCACGACAGUCCGUACUGUGUCUGUAAUACCACUUAUUGCGAUGAUUUGGAUCCCAUUGUGAAACAACCGAAGGGAACGGUACUUGUGUUUGAGACCAACAAAAAGGGCGAUCGACACAAACGAACAGAAUUGAAAGUCUCGACACAAUAUACAGAGACAGCCGACGAGAGUAUUGUUUUGACAAUCGAUAAGAACACUAAAUACCAGAAAAUCAUUGGCUUUGGCGGAGCUUUCACUGACGCGAGUGGUCUUAAUCUGAAGAGUUUGCCACAAGAAUUGGCCACAAAUGUGAUCAAAGACUAUUUCUCUGCCAACGGUAUUGAGUAUAGUAUGGGUCGGGUGCCAAUAGCCGGGUGCGACUUCUCUCCGCGCGCCUAUACAUACAACGACCAAAAGGAUGACUUUCUCGAGUUCUGUAAGCGGGAGGUCUUCCUCCUGCUUCUGAUAUUCCUGGACGCCUAUAAAGCCAAUGGCAUUGAGUUUUGGGGACUGACUGUAGAGAACGAACCGGGAGCUGGAUAUCAGGCCACCUAUGGAUUCAAUUGUUUGGGUUUUAACGAAACGCUUGAACGGGAUUUCGUGAAAAUGGAUUUGGGGCCGGCGCUCAAAAAAGCUGGUUAUGGUCAGGACAAACUCAAUCUUAUGGUAUAUGACGACUAUGGGGACAAAAUAGUCAAUUGGGCCGACGUUUGCUUUAACGACAAGGAAACGGCUCAAUAUAUCAAUGGAAUUGCUUAUCACUGCUACGGGAAUGGAGCAAAUUGGGGCGAUGUAUUGGAAAAAGUUCAUCAGCGACACCCUGAUCAGUUUGUCAUAUCGAGUGAAUGUUGCCAAGAAUUUAAAAUCCUAAAAGCGGGAACUCCCGUGAGAUUAGGAGUUUGGGAUAACUCAGAGUCCUAUACCAGAGAUAUUAUGAUUGUUAAUGAGAAUAUAGUCUUAAAUCUCGUGACCUGCUCCCCAACCCACCUCACCUUAAACCACGAGCUAUACAUGCCUGUCGGAUUAACCCGAGUUUUCUCAUCGGAGGCACCCAUUCUGGUGAACUCAACCGGCAAAGAAUACUAUAAAGACCCGAAAUUCUAUAUUUUGGGCCAUUUCUCCAAAUUCUUAGCACCAGAUUCCGUGAGAGUGUCCGUAAAACCCGACAAAACAGUGAAUGGCUUUGAUUCGGUUGCGUUCGUCAGACCCGAUAACGCGACGGUUGUUAUCGUAUAUAAUCAGAGAGAUAUUCCCACGGAUUUGAUAAUUAAAGACCAAACUGUUGGACAAAUUAAAACCAAAAUAGAGUCCCGUUCUCUACAGACUUAUAUUUAUUGGAAUUAA